AUGCAACAACAUCCAGACUUUGAUUGUCGCAGAGGAAAGCAGUCAUCGCGAGCAGCUCCCUAUGGCACUAGGCGUACUAGUUCUCAGCUUGAUAUGGCCUCGUCUCAAUCGUCUCACUCUCAUUCCCUACAUGAAAAAAAUAGAGGACACGGCAGCGCUAAAGUACCUGCUACUGACAACGGCUUGGCAUCGUGGGUUACCGAUGACACGAAAAAGACAUUCAACACCAUAUUUAGGAAACAUGGCUCGCUGAAGGAGAGACGAGAUCUCAAUAUUAAGUACCACCACGUCGUAUGUCAACAGUGUAUAACCAAAAACCAGCCAUGCAAAAUUCGACCUACCGCCCUCCAAUGCGGAAAUUGCCCGCCGUACAUCAAAUGUACCCGCGUACCAACUCUCAAGAAACUUCGUGUUCUGGAUAUGAUGGACAUCUCCGAAGAGCAAUAUGAUUGGCUACUUACUUGGUACAAAAAGACUGCAGAGGAAGAACUUCUCGAGCCUUUAAAGGAAUCUCUCAAACUUACUUCUACCUCCCUUGUUCCGUUAAACGAGUCUCAUUCUCACGAAACCGAAAACUCGACUGACACGCAAUUCCAUAAAAUCGGCGACUGUACCGAUUAUAGAACAGUGAAUGUCCUUGCCACAAACGAUGUAACCUAUGGAUAUUCUUUUCCUCGUGAAUACUCUUUGGCUUCAAUUACUCCCAUUUCUACCCAGCCCUCCCCUGCGUCUUGCUCUCAGAAUCAACAGUUACCCCAGGACAGAUUUUUCACUCCGGCCGUUCCUUAUUAUACACCAUCGUUGUUGUAUCCUCCUCCGUCCCCUCGCCAACUCGCUCCGACCGCUCUGUACAGAACCCCUGAUUCCUUUCAUCAAGGGUCCAACGAAGACUCCUGCUCCACAAGUGCUCAGUCGUCCGUAAAUCCCAUUCAGUACACUACAGUCACUUGGAGUUGCCAUGAUCCACGUGCUUACCCAACAAUGAGUGAACCAACUCAAUCGUCGAUAAGUUAUGAUGAAAGGGCACCUUACAUGACAAAUCGCCAGACUUGCGUGGACGCCGAAUUUGAAUUUGGUGGAUGCGACCGUGUUUCGAAGAGCGCCCCAGAAUCUUUGCACUACCCUACUUACCCUGCGCAUGGAGCUGGGUGUAUUCGUUAUUCCUCUUCUGGUGAUAUGCUCCCUGGCUCGGACAAAGGACUCCUCGAGGGUUCAACGCCUUCUCCCCAAUUUCGGAGUUGA